GUAGCAAGCCGCCUUCGUUUCCUUUUCACAAGAAAAAAGCAACGAAUCAGACCUACUAGCAACCAUUCUUUCUGCAAGGCUCCAAAACAUCACGACUAGGGCGCUUACUUUACAUCAUCAGCCUUUCUCGUAAGCUUUGUAGAGCACAGCGACUGGACGCGCCCCUGAUCGACGCGUUUGCCAAGCUAUCUGACCUCACACGCCCCGGCUUUGAACGCCUCACGAUGAUGUCGACAGGGAGGAAAGGACGAUUACGAUAAUGAGCAAAGUCUCAUCUGGCGACGCUAGCCUGGCGGCACAUCGGCGGAAAAGACUACAGGCCACCCAUCAUGGCAGCAUGACUACUGCCCGCUUUGCCUUGAAAGAUUCAUCGAGUCAUCUGGACGAGCCACCGACCAAGAGGCAACGAACGUCGAGCCUAGAACUAGGGCACGCAGCCUCCCGGGUUAUCCAUUGUAUCCCAGAGGACCGCUGCUUGUUCUUCAACCUUUCACGUCUCUGGUUCAGAUCAGAGCACAGAAACCGUGUGGACCCUGGCAUCUUCCCCCCUGGUACCGACACAAUCACAUUCAAGGGCCGCUGUCGAAUACAAUUUCUACCAGACGCAAGCCGGCUUGCCCAUGAGGAACCUGAAGUUGUUGUCAAACGACGCUGCACGUUUCGGUGCCCGAAAGCAACGAACGCCCGGCGUGGCCUCAAGAUCGACCUGGAACGCCCAUUCGCCAUUCAUGAAGAGGAAUUCGACGGUUUUGGACCCGUGUCCAAGGCUUCUGCUUUUCCACAGGGACUUUUACUACGCAUCCGCUUAGAGACCGAAAAUGCUGAAAUCGGCAAUCAACUUCCCAACUGGGUCAAGGUCUGGUCUGGCCAGUCGGUGCCGUAUCAUUGUUCGCCUUGGUACUGCGUCCCAUCCCCUGCAGACACGAAACAGUGCCCACCAGGUACACCACAGGCUCACCGUCACGAGGAAUUCGUCUAUCAGCAGGAUUCGAGGACGUCAAACCUGAAAUGGGAAUGGGCCUGGAAGCCAACUUACAGUCUUUCUGGUCAUGGUAGAAAUGGACAGCUCCCUCGGACUCCAUCAGAAAGAAGCAAGGCCAGUGUGCAAGUGUUGGCGGAGAGAAACGAUGCGCCCCCGACUCGAUCCCCUUGCGCGUCGCUCCAAUUGCGUACAAUGCCUCCCCAUUCCACGAAAUCACACGCAUCCAUUGAGGCGUCCAGCGUGGCUUCGUCUAGAAUCACGAAGCAGCACCAGUCGGUCGUAUCAUUGCCCCGCUCCUCCAGUAGCAAGACUACGACUUGGUCAGCUCGCACAGCAGCGAGCGGGCAGAUGAGAGUACAGUCUACUACCCACGAAGAAACCCUCAUCGUCGGGUCGAAGGAUGAUCCUAUAUAUGUGGGGGACUCUGAAUCCGAAGAUUCAGACGACACGUCUAGCACAAGUGUAGAUCAAGACGAGCACACCGAGGAACCUAGCCAGCGUGUAGACCCUCAGAAUUCCGAUCAAGUGGACUUGGGCGAUGUCAUCUCUUCGGCAUCCCAACAAAACGUCCCAUCACCUAAAGCUCCUCCGCGGCCUGCCAUUCGGGUGAGGUCACCGGAAGAUGACAUUAUAGUUCCGAAUAACGGCACAGUCUUUUACCAUCCUAUUGGGAGGCGUGCUCUGAAACCAGGGACGGUCUUACCUCGACCACAACCGCUGAAGGAGAUGUUUCGCUACAAGCACAUGUACUGGCUGCGAGAGGAGCCUGACAUAACGGCCGCGCAAGUCGAAUACAUUUCAGCCUUUGAUGAGGUGAUGGAUGAACACGACAUCAACGCGCGAACCUACUUCCCAACCGCCUGGAAGGAUUUUGUGGCACGGAAAAGGGGGUGGAUCAGUGAACGACAACACCGCGUCGACGAAUUCCACAAGCAGAAGGACUUUUUGCUGGAAGUCGGACUGCUUCAACAGGAAGAUAUUGAAGGCAUCGAGCCGAUGGCCACAGCACGAGGCAAACGCUCCGAGGAGGAUCCGCCGCCUGUGCGACCACAGGCCAGGUCAACUCGAAGCGGCUGUGGCAUUUGCCAUAAGCCGGUGGCCGUGUUCCAAGCUGCAUAUUGCACUGCAAAGCAACACGAGGGCCCCAAUCAAUUUCACAAAGCGUGUGCAUUGCCGCCGAGGAUGACUAUCGAGCAGGAGACGACAUUUUUUCGAGAUAAGAGGACAUACAAAUGCGUUGCGUGCAAGGUUUAAAUCGCCGGCGCUGGAUAUACACGCAUCGAGGAUUACGAUACAAG